AUUCAGCUGCUUUUGAAGUGAACAUUCCUACCAGUUCCUGCUUCGGGAGGACAGAGCGAGGACCUGCACGCAGACGCGCACUCGAGGCGCAGCGCUCAUGGUGCCAGACGCAGCCACGGAUCUGCGAUAAGCUCUCACCGUCUCCUCUUCCUGCUGCCGCGCCUUCCACCAGGAUUACACGAUAUUGUUGUUAUUAUUACGGCGUUUUUCUAAACCCUUCACCCCCUCCCCACGACUGAGAGACUCGGCGAUUUCCUUUUCGGUUUUCUUAAUGAAUCUGAUGAAAGCAUCGCCACUCCAUUUCCUGACAAUUGGGACAUGAUCACGUCGCCCUCGGCGUCUGCCCUGAAAAAUCGUGAUCUUUGUCUCGCGUGGGAAAGCAGCAGCUCUCGGAAUAGCAGCUCGUCCAGCAUCAACAAGCCUUUUCUUCACUCCGCACCCCCGUCGGAUCCACUACGGCAAGCCAAGCGACUCCCCAUCAAGGUUUUGAAAAUGCUCACGGCACGAUCCGGACACAUUUUGCACCCGGAGUAUCUGCAGCCGUUACCUUCCACCCCGGUCAGUCCCAUAGAGCUUGAUGCCAAGAAAAGUCCGCUUGCUUUGCUGGCUCAGACCUGCUCCCAGAUCGGCAAGCCCGACCCGCCGCCCUCCUCCAAACUGUCCUCCGUGACGCAGAACGGAUCUAGUGAGAAGGAAUCUAAAUCCGGCCCUUUAAAGAUGAGCGACAUCGGGGUGGACGACAAGUCCAGCUUCAAGCCCUACUCCAAGCCCGCGGACAAGAAGGACUCGUCUUCGGGCGUCCCGGGCGGAGAGAAGUCUGGUUUCCGAGUGCCGAGCGCCACCUGCCAGCCGUUCACGCCGCGGACAGGCAGCCCCAACUCCAGCACCUCUGCCUCCCCCAUGCCAUCGGAGGGGAAGUGCGGGGAGAGGGACGACAAGAAAGAGUCUGAUUGUAACAAAAAUGGCACCGCGGACGGCUCUGGCACCACGAGCCACAGCAGGAUAAGCGUGAGUUGCGGUGGGAUUAACGUGGAGGUCAACCAGCACCAGGAGGCGACGCCUGGCACCAAGACCUCCUCCUCCUCCGAGUCCUCCUCUGUGACUUCUGUUUCUUCCGCGUCAGUGCUUGGUUCUGGACUCGUGGCGCCGGUUUCUCCCUACAAACCCGGACAGACGGUGUUCCCUUUGCCCCCUGCUGGCAUGACGUACCCGGGGAGCUUGGCUGGGGCCUACGCGGGUUACCCCCAGCACUUCCUGCCGCACGGAGGGAGCCUGGUGAACGCGCAGCUGGCUAGUUCUUUGGGCUGCAGUAAGAACGGAUCCAGCCCCCUGGCGGGCGCGUCUCCUCCGUCCAUCAUGUCAGCCAGCCUGUGCAGGGACCCCUACUGCCUCAGCUACCACUGUGCCAGCCACUUGGCGGGCGCAGCCAGCGCCUCGUGCACGCACGAGUCUGCAGCUGCAGCCGCUCUCAAGUCCAGCUACCCCCUCAUGUACCCGACACACCCCAUACACAGCGUGCACUCCUCUGCGCCGUCGUUCAGCGGACACCCCCUGUACCCGUACGGCUUCAUGCUCCCCAAUGACCCUCUGCCCCACGUUUGUAACUGGGUGUCUGCAAACGGACCGUGCGACAAGCGCUUCUCCACCUCGGAGGAGCUCCUGAACCACCUGAGGACACACACUGCGUUCACCGGGGCCGAGAAGCUCAUAUCCGGGUACCCCGGGUCGUCAUCGUUGGCCAGCGCCGCAGCGGCGGCCAUGGCCUGCCAUAUGCACAUGCCACCGUCAGGAGCCCCUGGGAGCCCCGGGACUUUGGCUCUGAGGAGCCCGCAUCACGCGUUAGGACUCAGCAGCCGCUACCACCCUUACUCCAAAAGCCCCCUGCCCACCCCUGGUGCCCCUGUCCCUGUCCCCGCAGCCACCGGGCCCUACUACUCCCCUUACGCACUGUACGGCCAGAGACUCACCACAGCCUCAGCGCUGGGCUACCAGUGAGGGGGGGCUGACAAGGACUUUGAGAGGUUUAUAGAACUAAGAAUGCAAAUAUAAAGUCUUUUAUAAUAACUGCGCUAAACUUAUGGACGGGAUCCGUGGACUUGAACUGUAUUUAUUUAUAUGUCAGGUGACAGCUGCAUAUUCAGACAAAUAUUUGAGCAACUCAAAAAGUGCAUUAUGUGGAAACUGAUAGGAAAAGCAAAGACACAGUUAGGAUACUAAUUAAAGUAGGGAUCUUUAUUUCGAUGUUCAUUUGAAAAUUGCUAUGAUUGUAUUUGUUCUUAUUUAAUGUCCCGUUGAGAAGGAGGAGGAGGGAAAAGAAGAAUUUCCAUGCAUGUAUGUUUUUUCUUAAAAUUUCAAAACAACUGUUCACAUUUAAAAAUUGUCAUUAUUUUUCAGGUGUACCAGAUGGAGAGAGAAUUGGUAUUUUUUUGUAUGUAUUCUGGAGAAGAAGAAAAAAAACAACAACAAAAGAAAGAAAUAAUUCUGUUCCAUAUCUUCGUGUGCCUCUUUUUCUGGAGUCUUAACUUUGGAGAAAACAGAUUUAUUUUCCACGGACAUUUUUUUAAAUUGAUCUGUUUAAUGAUUUAAUCCUGCUUCAUCAUUUUCAGGCCUUUCAGAUUAAUUU